AGAAAUAGUUCAUAUCAGUCAACAGAAAUUUAAAGUAAAAAUAAGACUGGUUUUAUUCUGUGUUGAUAGACUUCCUAGUACUAUGACACACAAAUGCGAGAUUUGUCAUAAAUCGUUUGCUACUAAACAGUGUUUAAGUUAUCAUAUGAGAAUCCACACGGGAGAAAAACCCUACAAAUGCAAAACAUGUAGUAAAUGUUUUGCUUAUAUGUCCAAUUUGAAUACUCAUAUUAGAACUCAUACAGGAGAAAAACCAUACAAAUGCAUAACAUGUAAUAAAUGUUUUUCUCAUUCAAACAGUUUGAAUCGUCAUCUCCGCAUCCACACAAGAGAAAAGCCCUACAAAUGCAAUACAUGUAAUAAAUGUUUUGUUCAAAUGUCCGAUUUGAAUACUCAUAUCCGAACCCAUACAGGAGAAAAACCAUAUAAAUGCAUAACAUGUAAUAAAUGUUUUAAUCACUCGAGCAAUUUGAAUCGACAUCUCAGAAUUCACACAGAGGAAAGAUCAUACAAAUGUGAAAUAUGUAAUAAAUGUUUUUCUAGUUCUAGACAUCACAAUCGUCAUCUGAGUAUCCACAGGUGAAAAAAACCGUAAGAGUGCAGAAUAUGUAAUAAACGUUUUGAGGACAGAUCCUGUUUAACUCAUCAUCAAAGAUUCUACAGUGGAGAAACCCUUCGAAUGUAAAUUAUGUAAUGAAUCUUUUUUGAAGAAAGGAUAUUAGAUUGUCAUUUCAAAAGACAUUUGAGGAAGACACUACACAGGUAUUAAAUACUCCAUAAAAAUUUUUCCACUGGAAUGAAAGUGAGUAACAAUACAAUAAUUUAUUCAAAUCUCUUUCCCAGCAAUAAUGUCAGAAGCAAUCGUCUUUUCGAAGAACAAAAUUAUUUAAUUCAGCUUUCUUCCACUUAUUAUGAGUACUGACCAUUGAUUUUGUCUUUUAUGUAAUAGUCAAUUUUAAACUAAAGUUAACCUGGAUGCUCAUCAUGCAAUGCACAAUCUAUACCUAUGUAACUGCAUUAUUUGUUUUCAACUUUUCUGCAGCCAUUAGGUUUUAGAAGAAAACAAAACAAUACACAAUUCAUUAGUCAAUUCAUCUUACCAUU